UGGCACAAAGCAAAUGUGGCCUCUGAUUGGGUCACAGGAUACCACAGGGGUGAAGACUGGAUGAAAGGCUUCGAUUCAUAUCUCCCUUUAUUUCCCUUUUCUACUGUAGAAGAUAAUCAAUCACAGAUUGGAAAAAUGAGAACUGGGUAUAGACUGGGUAAACAUUUUGGAUGUUCUACAUGUGGGAAAUAUUUUAGAAGGAAAUAUAGUCUUCUUGCACAUGAGAGAACUCACAGUGAUAAAUGUCCAUAUACAUGUUCUGAAUGUGGGAGGCGUUUUUGUAAGAAAUCACAUUUUGUGGACCAUCAGAGAACUCACACAGGAGAGAAGCCAAACUCAUGUUUAAAAUGUGGAAAAAGUUUUAACCGUAAAUCAACGCUUAAGAACCAUCUUAGAAUUCACACUGGAGAGAGGCCAUUUUCAUGCUCAGAAUGUGGUAAACGUUUUAGACAGAGAUAUAGUCUUGAUGUGCAUCUGAAAAUUCACACAGGGGAGAAGCCAUAUUCAUGUUCAGAAUGUGAGAAGUGUUUUAGGAAAAAAAAACAACUGGCUCUUCGUCAGAUGACUCACACAGGAGAGAAGCCACAUGCCUGUUCAGAAUGCGGGAAACGUUUUAGCCGUGAACAAGAUCUUGUAAAGCAUCUAAGAACCCACACGGGGGAGAAGCCAAAUUUGUGUUCAGAAUGUGGGAAGUCUUUUAACCAUCAAUCAGACUUUGUGAGGCAUCUAAGAAUUCACACAGGAGAGAAGCCAUAUUCUUGUAAUUUAUGUGGGAAAGGUUUUCGCAUGAGGCCAAAUCUUGUGGAUCAUCUGAGAAUUCAUACAGGGGAGAAGCCAUUUUCAUGUUCAGAAUGCGGGAAGUGUUUUGUUCAGAGACAUAAUCUUAUGGUACAUCAGAGAACUCAUACAGGGGAGAAGCCAUUUUCAUGUCCUGAAUGUGGGAAAUGUUUUAGUCACAAGUCAACUGUUGUGACACAUCUAAGAAUUCACACAGGUGAGAAGCCAUAUUUAUGUACACUAUGUGGGAAAUGUUAUAGCCGGAAAACGGGUCUUGAUUCACAUCUGAAAACUCACUCAGGUGAGAAGCUGUUCUAAUGUUCAGAAGAUUGUAUGAAAUGUGAAAGGUGUGGAGCUCGAGUGUAGGACCAGUUACCACAGGAUGCCUUCUAAUAUAUAAGUUAACGGUGCUGUCCAUUAUUAGAAGACCAUAGCUGCUUGCCUCCAUAAACAGUGCCACAUCUGUCCACCAGUUGUGUUCAGUAUUGCAGUUCUUCUACAUUUUUUCUAAUAGCGCAAAGCUGCAACACCACUCACAACCUAUGGACAGGUGUGGUGCUGUUUCCGAAAGUGAGCAGCUAGGUUUUUCUACUCCAGGGGGGAACAUACUAUAGAUGCAAUCUGUGCAUCUGCCCCAGUAGAUAAGUAGGGAUCCACUGCUACUUAAAAUUAUCUUCUUACGUAAGAUAUUGGAGAUAAAGGGGCCCAUAUAUUGUUCUUACGCAGUGGCCUUGUAUUAUAGACUGCCUUUAGUUGACAUAUCAUACCAUACCUAGUGAUACAUAAAAACAUAAAACGCGACAUUGCCAGAAUCUCAAGAAUCUGCAUAAUAAAGUUAACAUGAUAAUUGAACUUUUUCCCUAUCCCUCCACCCAAAAAAUAAGACAUCCUAUUGCAAAAGUAAGAAAGCAUAAAUAAUACACAUUUGCUAUUUCCAUAAUCAUAAUGACCCAUCGAAUAGAAGUCAAUCCAUAUAGCCUCACCACACAUCAAUAGCCCCACAUCCAGCUUCAGAGCUCCGUUUUAACACCAUCUCUUUUGAAAUGCAGGAAUAAAAAGUAAUUCAUCGAUCCUGUCCAAGGUUUUGGGGGACAUGCCCCACAAGGCUAAGGGGGCAUGUCCCUUAAAAUGUGACAUGGGAUGUUGAAGUGUGAAAAAAACUCAGUGUUCUUUGCGAUGAUUUAGAGCUUAUGCACACGUGUGCCGGCCGGUCUGUGCAUUGGGGAGUGCCCAGUGCACGGGUAACAUCCGUGUGGAUUCCGCAGAUGUAUCCAGACCCAUUCAAUUUGAAUGGGUCCGUGAUCUGUCCACACUGCAAAAAAAAAUCUAUUUUUGGCGGUGUUGAGGAACGGAGAGAAGCCUCACAGAAGCGGUCCGUAGUGCUUCUGUGCCUCCGCUCCGCACGGCACCUUCCUGAUUUAAGUGAGUGGCUCCUCAUCUGUACUACGGUGUGCACACAGCCGGUGCCCGUAUAUUGUGGACCUACUGUUUGCGGGCUGCAAUGCGGGCCUGACUGGGCAACGGCCAUGUGCACGAGUCCUUAUAAGAAUUGCCAUAUACUAAAUGAAGACGGUAAAGAAUGAUAGUACUAUUUGUACAAAGACUUGUGAGCAGUGACGACUUGCACACUCUAUCGAUAAAGCAAUCGAAUAGAAGUAACAUAUAAGUUAGGCAACACGGUACAAUGGAAAUGUGAAAUGCAAAACAAGCAAAAACAAUUACAAAUUUGGUGUUUUUUUUAUUUAUUUCCCUUCCAAAAAAAAUAAUCAAACAAGUUGUAUGUACCCCAAAAUAUUUUAUAGGGCAACCGCUUUAAAGUCCUGCAUUUUCAAAUGACUACAAAACAGGAACCUCUUACUGCUAUAACCUAAUUCUACUGGGUUUGGACUAAAUGGACUACGGCCCAAAAGUCUCCUUUGUGAGAGUAAAGUAUCAAGACUUGAAUUCCUUUACUGUAAUAUUUUGGUUGUUUUCUCAUUUAUGUUCUUUGUUUUGUUCUUUUUUGUUUUUCAGCCAGACAUAAUUCCUUAUACUGUAUGUAGAGAAGAG